CAUAGCUCUGGCAAUUUCAAAAGUGCGGGUUUAACUUGUAGAUGAUAUAUUUUAUAUCCCUUACGCGGAACGAUUUUAUUUUUCGCUUCGCUUUUCACUGAUCCUGAUGUGUACAUAGAAAAAGUCUUGAAAAUAAAAUAGAACCAACGACACCUUUGCUUUGUUGAAAAUGUAGAUCAAGACUCAGCGUCAUCAAUGUGUGGUACGCGGCUUACGGGUUGUGCUAUGUAGUAUGGAAUCUCCGGAAGAACGCCAAGAAAAUGAAAUACAAGCAUUAAAGGCUAUAUUUGUAGAGGAGCUUAAAGAUUUACGUCAUAAUGAUGCCUGGAAUAUUUGGCGCCCAUUGGACAUAAUAAUAACACUGACUCCUCAGCAAGGAAGUUCUGGUCGCCAUGAAGUUCAUGCUCAAGUUGAUCUCCAUGUUAUUUGUUCGGAAAAUUAUCCCGAAGAUGUUCCUACACUUAUUCUGGAAAGAAGUAAAGGCUUAUCUGUUGCGGUGCUCCUUCAGUUGAAGACAGAACUGGAAAAUUUAGCCCAGAAAUUAAAAGGAGAAGUGAUGGUGUUCGAGUUGGCACAACAUGUCCAGAAAUUUUUGCAUUUACAUAAUAAACCAGCCUUUAAAUCGUUUUAUGAAGAAAUGGUAACUCGUCAGCAUGAACAGAGACAAAAUCAGCAGCUUGCACUCAAAAUGAAAGAAGAUCGCCAGAGACAAGAGCUUCAAGGGGAGAUAAUGCGAAGGCAGGAGGCUCUCCGAGAGGAACUGCGCCGUCAUCGACUACAGUCUCGCACUGUCAGUGCUGAAGGCACAAAAGAUGUGAAAUCUCCACCUGCUGUUCAAGGCACAGCAGUAGAACGAAUUAGAUCAUCUUCAUUUGGACGUAAUAGCUCUCUGUCUCGUAAGAGGUGUAGCAGUACUUCAGAGAGCAGUGAUGGCUGCAUCUGUGAACAUCGGGGUUCAGUACUGAUGCAAUUCAAUAACCGUGGUGAGCGACAAGUACGUCGUGGUCGCUGCCUCGGUCAUGGAACAAGAGGAUGUGUGGUAUAUUCGGGAAUGGACAUGACUACAGGGGAACUACUGAUAAUCACUGAGUGGUGCCUGCGCUGCCAUCAGAACAAACAUACAAGACAUGCUUCACCAAGCGAUGAUUCAGAGCCAAGCGAAAUGACCAAUUACAUGAAGCAGGUUUCAAGCAUAGAACAGGAGUUAAAUUACCUCCACAAAUUGAGGCACCCCAAUUUAAUUCACUAUCUCAACAUGAAGUAUUCCCAGGAGAAAGACUGCCUCAUUAUUUAUGUGUUACAGGAGUUUGUGUAUGGGUGGAACUUAUCAUUAUACCUAACUGAGAAUCUUCCAGUUGAAGGUGACUUGUUGAGGCAUUUGUCCAAAGGUGUACUUGAAGCUCUUGCCUUUUUGCAUCAGAACAAUGUUGUUCACAAAGACCUCAGAGACACAAGUGUAUUCAUUGACAGGACAGGUUUGGUGCGUGUUGGUGACUAUAGUCUGGAUAAACGAUUAUCAGAAAUCUAUCAAUCUUCAGUAACUGAAAGAACUGAAAAUACCUUUCCCCCAUCAUUGGGACGUGGUGGCAAAAAAUCAGAUAUCUAUCGAUUUGGAAUUCUUAUUUUGUCACUACUUCGUGGGUGUAUAGUGACAGAUAUGCUACCAGAAAUACCUACAUGUACUCCAUCAGAUCUAAGAGACUUUCUAGAGAAAUGUUUUGCAAAGGAUGAACAUAUGCGUUGGAGUGCAGCACAGCUCCUGGAACACCAGUUUGUACGGAUUCCCAUUGAACGUCUUCCCAGUCCUUGUAAAAGUGCCGAUGACGCACAGCAACCUGAGGAUGAAACGUUUGAAGAGGAACCUGAUACUGAUAUUCACAUGAUAUUGCCAACCAAUCUCAAGGGGCAGUCCAGAAUCCAAAAUGAGUUUGAAGUGCUCAAGUGGCUGGGGAAAGGAGCAUUUGGUGAUGUACUGAAGGUUCGGAACAAAUUGGAUGGUGGUGUGUAUGCUAUCAAACGUAUUGAAUUGAAUCCCAAAAAUCGUCAGUUAAACCGUAAAAUCACUCGAGAAGUGAAGCUGCUGUCCAGAUUGAACCAUGAAAAUGUUGUGCGCUACUUUAAUUCCUGGAUUGAAAGUGCAACUAUUGAACAGCCAGCAACAACAGUUAGCAGUCGGACACCUUCACCUGCUGGAACCCAAUCGAGUCAGAGUAAAAUGAAGACCUUAUUGAUUCCUGACUUUGAACCACCACCUCUGAAAGAACUCAGUGUGGAGUGGAGCGUAUCAUAUGAAAGUCAUGCGAGUGGUAUCCUUGAUGGAAAUGUCAGUUCUGAAGAAAGCUCAGAAGAUGAAGAAUGGAUCAGUUUUUUACCAGAUUGCGACUCAUCUGAUGGAGUGGAAUUUGAAAGAGACACAUCUGUUGUUGAGCAGCAGUAUUCAUCUACAGCACCUUCUACAGAUCGCGAGGAAUCUGCCCCCGAGGAUCGCCUCCAAUCAGAACUUCGAGAGAUACAGUUCAUGUACAUACAGAUGGAGUUCUGUGAAAAAAGCACUCUCAGGACUGCCAUAGACAGUGGAUUAUAUGAAGAUCAAGAUCGAAUUUGGAGACUUUUUCGAGAGAUGGUUGAUGGCUUGGCACACAUCCACCAGCAGGGUAUGAUUCAUAGAGACCUCAAGCCUGUAAAUAUUUUUCUUGACUGCAAUGACCAUGUCAAGAUUGGUGACUUCGGGCUUGCUACAACCAACAUCUUGACAAGACCUGGAGCACUUGCACACCUGGAGCCCAACAACAUAGUAUCUGACCAAAUGUCAUUUUCAAAUGAUCUUGGAGAUGGAUCAAUGACUGGUCAGGUUGGCACCGCACUAUACGUUUCCCCAGAAUUAGGGAGUGCAGGUGGCAAAGUAGUUUACAAUCAGAAGGUGGACAUCUAUAGCUUGGGCAUCAUUCUUUUUGAAAUGUGUUAUCAUCCACUAAAAACAGGGAUGGAGAGAGUGAAAGUGUUGGUAAAUUUGCGCAGCAAAGAUAUAAUUCUUCCAUCUGAUUUCAAUGAAGAAAAAAUGCCCAGACAGGCGUAUAUAAUACGGUGGUUGCUCAACCAUGACCCUAGUCUUCGACCUACUUCCUUGGAAUUACUGCAGUCAGACUUCUUACCACCACCACAACUUGAAGAGGCAGAAUUGCAAGAAAUGGUGCGUCACACAUUAUCAAACCCACAGAGCAAGGCUUAUAAGUAUCUAGUGGCGUCAUGCUUCUCACAGGAAGUGACACCAGCUGAAGACCUCACUUAUGACAUGAAUUUACCGAAGCCAUCUCCUGCACUGCAAGAGUUUGCCAAGGAGACAGUGACUCGUGUAUUUCGUCGCCAUGGAGCUGUCUGUGUACCGACUCCUCUUCUUAUGCCACGUGAUAACUCUUUGCUUCCAGCAGACACAGGUGUACAGCUUAUGACACAUUCAGGAGGUGUUGUGUCUUUGCCUCACAAUCUCAGAGUUCCGUUUGCUCGUUAUGUUGCAUGGAAUGGAAUAUCAACCCUCAAGCGAUAUGCUAUUGACAGAGUAUAUCGAGAGAAGAAAGUUUUUGGCUUUCAUCCUAGAGAGCUUUACGAAUGUGCAGUGGAUAUUGUUACACCAAACCCAGGUACCAACACAGCCGAGGCUGAAUUGCUUGCAAUUGUAUGGGAGGUGGUGACAGAGUUCCCUAAUUUACGGGAUAAGAAUUGCUCAUUUCGUCUCAGUCAUACACUACUUCUGAAAGCAAUUCUUUUACAUUGUGGAAUUGAAGAAGAAAAGCAUGCAGAUGUUAGCAGUAUCUUGAGUGAAGCCAAGGAUGAGAAGUAUUCCAGAUUUCAGCUGCAGACUCGACUGAUCAGCCUGUGCCUUACCGACCAAGCUAUUGAUUCAUUGUUUGCAUUCAUUGAAUCAGAAUGCUCUAUUGAAAAACUGGCAGUGAAUUUCCGUAGCAUUACCCGAAGGAAAGGCGAAGCUGCUACCCUUGCAAAGCAAGCCAUUAGAGAACUUGAGAUGAUUGUUAGCCACACUGAAGCUCUUGGUGUAAAGUGUCCAAUUGUGGUAGCACCAGGCCUUGUUUUUACUGUGCCCCAGUACUCGGGAAUGACAUGUCAAUUUGUUUGUGAACUCAAGAAAAAACGUAGGAAAACUGGACUUGAUGUUAUUGCAGCUGGUGGGCGGUAUGAUGGCAUGCUUGCCAAGUUCAGGCAUACACUUGAGCUGACAGGAUUGGCAACACGCGGAAUGACUCAAUCAGCUGCUGGUGUAAGCAUCUCACUGGAUAAAAUAGUGUUAGCCUUGCAAGAGGCUCGAGCUGUCCUGUCUGGAGCAGCUAGUACAGUAGAUGUAGUUGUUUGCUCCCUAGGACAACGCUUCCUCUUCAAGCAGAAAGCUAGUAUUGCCAAAGAACUCUGGGCUCAUGGUGUGCAAACAUUGCUUCUUGAUAGCAUGCAGACCCUGGAAGAGGUUCAAGAUUACUGCCGAGAGAUGUCUGUGCCCCACUUUAUAAUGCUAAAAGACUGUGAAGUGGAAUCAGUCAGAGUCCGAAGCUGGGAAAAAGACAGGUUCCAGGAACGUAAAGUGCAAUUAAAUGAAUUGGUAGACCUGAUGCUAAGGUUAACUGGUAAGGAACCUAGCACACCAAAUUCACGAGUUGAAGCGAAAAAUGAAUUUUUUACUCAAACAAAUCCAGGACCUCCAAGCAGUGGCCCUCUAGUUAAUUGCAAUUUUAACCUCACACUUGAUAAGUUAAAUGUCAGUCAACGGCGACGCCAUGAAGGGCUGAUGAAAGCAGCUCUGUCUCCUUUAUUAGCUCGUUUGUCACCUAAAGUUCGUGUUGAGGUCUUGGCACUUAACCUCGAUGCCAGUGUUAUUAGGACCUUGUCAGCAUAUGUGGAUGCUGAAUUUGACUUCCAGCAAUCAGUGACAGCAGUAAUUGAAAAGCAUCCCCGUCAUAAGAAGUACAUCAUAAGAAUCUGUGAAGAGAUAAUGGACUUGAGGAGUGGAAAGAAUAGUCCAGUCAUUGUUUUAUACAGUGUCGAAGAAAAUGUCAUUAGAAUGUUGAUGUAAGGUGAAAUAUGUUAUGAAAUGAAACUGCCAGCGAUGGUAAAAAAGUAAAUAUUUUGCUAAAUUAAUUUUCUUUACGUGGCAUUUUAGUUAUUGUGUUUACAGUUAACAUAUAUGUUAAAUGUUAGUGUUCAUGAAUGUUAUUUUUGCCUUCACAAAUUGAAAAGUUUCUGUUUGAGAGGAUACAAGACAAAAGCAAUUGUUUUGAGUUAAAAAGGUCUGUAAUGACCUUGCUGUACAAAGGCAGUGUUAAACACUUGUCACUGUUUUGUGAUACAGGAUAUACAUGAACAGCCACCAAUCAUUGUUUUUCAGUUAUUCCUGUAUAUCCUGUACAACCUUUCAUAGUCUACUUAUUAUUUCUGUUUGAAAAUGUGAGCUACUUUUUGUUAUAAUUACUUCAGAAUUUUACACUGCCUUACUUAAUUAUUGUGUAAUAGUAUACUGAAUGCUUGCACAAUGUGAACUGUAGAAAAUUCAACUAAGCUAUGUUAGUUGAAUAGUUUGAUCAUAAUCAAUUUGCUCUCACUUCUUAUUUGAUAAGUAAGUUUGUGUUGUAUAAAAGCAGAACAUUAUGUGACAAAUGUUUGUGUGUACAUUCUUCCAAGGCAAUAUUGAAAUACUGUUUUGCCCCCCUUUUGCAGUAAACUUUUAAUUAUUGAUGGAAGCAGAAUACAUUAAUAUAAGACUGGCCAAAGCCAGUGAUUCUUCAGACAGAACAUCAGGAAUUUUAUUGCAGAAGUCCACUAGUUUACUCCUUUUCAUAAGUGAAUAUUGUGUAAUUUCAUUAUAGUCCCACUGGUCCUUCCCCUUUUCCUAAAAACAGUCUUGUAUUUAAUCAGGCCUGUUUUGUUCUGUUGUUGAAUCAAGAUCUCUUGCUUUCAGUAUACAAUGGUAACAAUUUUCUAUCUCUGUUUCAUAUUUGGCAGUUUAGUUUUUUGUAUAUGUAGUGAUCUGAAGUCCUAUGAUAAUGGCUAUUAUAUUGUUAUUUUCUCUGAUGAAGGCUAUUUGAAGAUUUUUCACGUGCUUCAUUAAAAAAAAUUGGGUGGGGGCAGCACCAUAAUACGUGUCAUCUGGUGUUUUAUUUUAUUUUUUUUAAAAAAAGAUGUGGAGCCCCUCCAUGCCCACACUGGCAUGAUGGCCACUUUGAAAGGUCUACUGCCAUCUCUGCGUAAGGGUUAGUAUUCACUAAAGUGAGGUGUCGCAGGAUGUGGGUACUGCGAUAUUUGUGUACGUCUGGUUAAGAUUAACCAUUUACAUGCGCUCAUCUGGAGAUAGACUAGGUCGAAAGUCAAACAAAGGGCAGCAGUUUGAAGGGCAGAGGGAAAACAGUGCGAAGGCAAGCGCCAAGGGAAGAAAACCUCAGCAAUAGUUAGGUCAGGUAGUAAGAGCAGUAGCGGAUGUCUUACUGACUGCAAUAGGUCAUGGAAGUUAAGUUAGAGGCGGGUAUCAUGCAAGCGGAUACCGUGUCAAGCCAUAUGUUCAUCGUAAGAGAUCAGUCUGUGACAAUGCUGCAGCACGGUGCGCUGCAGUUUAGGCUUUGAGAGCUCCCUGCCGCACUGCAUCAGUGGUGGGUGAGCAUCGAAGCCAAGCGCUUGGAGAUGUGCUUGGCUAUGAUAUCACACAUCACUGCCCACGACCCUAAUACUGCACCAAAUGUACAGAGGAGGGUGGGACAGGUGUAUGACAUUUGUCGCACAUCUGUUCUGCAUUCCUGGUGGGUUGCAGUGUCAAAGGCUUCUUCCCUGUAUCUGCCUUCUUCUUCUGCCCAUUCUGUGAUGCAAAGACACAACAAUUUUGCUGUGUCAUAAUAACGACGCACGACAAUUUGCUUAGCAUCGCAGCACAGUCCAAGCACAGCUUCACAGCUCUUCUUCUGGCCAAGCACAGGUAACUCACUUCACCAGUGACGUACGCCCUCUGCUGCUCAAGUGCAACUUGUGUCAUCUGGUAAACACUGACUAACUUGCAUCCUUACCAAUUUUAUGCAUUACAUACCUGUUUUGGACGAAAAAAGAUGAUCUCAUUGAAACAAAAUUUUGAAGAGAGAGAGAGAGAGAGAGAGAGAGAGAGAGAGAGAGAGAGAGAGAGAGAGAGAGAGAGUGUGUAUGUACACUAAAACCGGGUGGACUCCAUAUGGCACUACACUGAAAAUAAGUGUAAUGACUGUUUUUAUUAUCGGUCCAUCUUAUUUAAGGUGAAACAGGGCAAGUGAGACCAUAAAUUGCUGCACUGGUUGGACUUAAACAAUAACAAAUCUUUUACUUUUGUCAAUUAUAUUAUCAGUUUACAGAAGAAAGAAUUUUUUUUCUUAGCUUACUUAAAAAGACAUCAAAACUACUGGGCUCAUGAUAUUCCUUUCCAAGUUCCAUGUUAAUGCUAAGUAUAUGCAUUUAUGGGCAACAGGGGUGAAGUGCAAGGGCCACUCUUUUUUAAUACCGUGGUUCUGGAAUCUGUCCAAUAUCAUUAUUAGGUAUUUAUUAAGAAUAUUUUGUUAAAAGAGUGAUAAAUGAAAUUGAAUUGUUAAUGGAAAAUUGUCACUCAUUAUCUAAAAGUACAACAUUGCAAGAAUUAAUUUUAUUGCAGACAGUCAGUUUAUGUGCAUUAAUACAUUGUUAACUCAGUAUUGUAACUAAUGAAUGAUGUGAAAAGAUAAUUGAAAGGUUUGCUACAAGAAAAGGAGAUAGCUCCAGUUUUUCAAAUUUUCGAUGUAUUGAAAGAAAUGUUUCUAAAAAUCAGAAUUCUUAUUGUGUGAAAAAUAUUCUUUCAGAUAAAGUUCUAUAAUGCUUCUAACCUGUUAUGACAGCCUAUUCACUGUAAAAUAUAUUUCUCAGAUCAUGUGAUGUAUCUCAUCGUUGGAUGAGAUUUCUUGUCACAAAAUAGAUCUUCAGUCUACUUUUAGGAAAUAGAUUUCAUAAUAAGUAAAUUUUAUAUGCCAUGGCACUACGCAAAUGCCGUUUUACAAAUUUGUUCCUUUUUAUCUCCAAGGGGAACAGAAUGCCCAUUUUCACUCUUCUUUGUUAAAACUCACUUGAUUCUUAUGAGUCCUCAUAAUUAGCAUCUUGUGCUCACUUUUUACGUAUCUUAUUAAAAGAAUCUAGUAGGCACACUUUUCCAUGAGUAGUAGGUUUACUGAAACACACAAUCAUAGUCAGUAACUCAAUGUAAUUUAUUUUUUCUGCAUACAUGUUUGUAUGCCCACACAAUCAUAGCCAGCAGUUUGAAGUAAUUUAUCUCCUCUACAUACAUUUUUGUAUGUCUUGCAUUCAGUCAUCCAUCAUUUCCUUACAUUUCAUAUCCAUUCAAAAAGUUCCAAAAAAUUCACCUUUUUCUAAACAGGAAUACAAUUAGUAUUUACACUAGCUUUGUUAGAAGUGAUUUCUUCUUCAUUAGCAGGUUCGUAUAAAUUAUUACAACAAGAAAUACACACUCAUCUCUUGGGAAUUACUCAUUAUUCUUACAAUAAUAUGCAGUAUUUAAUUUAUUAGAACUACUACUGUGAGACACAACUGAAAAACAUGUGAAAACACCAUUUCUGUAAACAGAUCACAUUUGUUGUCUAAUGCAACAAAGAAAACAAGCCAGCAAGACUGGCAGUCAUCCCUCCCCUCUCUCUCCCCCGUCUUGAUGAAUAGGGAACAAAGGGCUGGAGCUACACCCUUCUUGGAUACAACGAAAGGCCUUUUCUAUCUCUCUCCCUUCACCCCCCUCCCCCAAAGUUUUUGCAAGUAACUCCAAACUCAAUCAGGAUUAAGGGUUAAGCUAUCUACAUUUUGUAGCAAACCCUUCAAUAUAUGCAUGGCUUCAAAUUUCUGGAAAAGGUAAACACAUUUACCCAUCUUCCCAUUCCAUAUAACAAAUAUCAUUGUCCUCUGAUCAUGUAUAGAUGAAGGAGAACAAGUUUGAAUUUUUCUUGCAGAUUUCAUUGUUUCAGUAUUCCUCUUUACUUCAGCCAAAAUUCUGUCCACUAAGAAAUUUUUUUGUCUUUUUAGAUGAAAAUCUAUCAGUGUCCUCUAUACAGAAUUCAGCAUCUGAAAGUGCUUAUUGUAAUAACUUGUAAUAAUUCCUUGAAAUAUGCUCUUCCUUUUCUUUACUUUUACUGUGUUAUAAAUGGACCAUAGUUGUAGUUCGUUUUCCAAAGACAGAAUAGGGCCAGGAUAAGUGUGCAUUAUGGUAUGCUUUUCCCCCAGAACACACAGGAUGCACUACCCCAGUAAGAAAUAAUCAUGGGGUAAGUGUUUGCCAUGAAACUAAUGAGACUAAAUCAUACAAAAGAAUAAUCAUUUGGCUCUUUCAGAUUAGGAAUGAUGAUGAAUAAUAUUGCAAACAAUAUAAUCAUAAUAUGAUAGCAGAUUCCUUCAUAAUCAGAGUUCAAAAACAUACUGUACUCUCUAAAUUAAAGCUUUCACAGUUCUGUCAUAGAUAAUGAAAUAUCUGCUAAGAUGAAUGUAGAGAUAGCUUCAAUCUAAUGGUGGACAGAAGUACUGAGUAAUAUUUCACUUUUCACAACAGUGAGCUGCAGUGUACGGUUGACAGCCAAAGAAUAUCAUGUCGAGUACACUUACACUUGCACCACUUCACUCAAUUGAAAGCCAAGGUGUAUAGUGAUAGACUGGAACAAAACCUUGUUCCAGGGUGUUCAGCUCGGUUCAUUCUAUGAGUUACUGCCUUCGGUGAAAACCCAAUACCACUGUCACAGUUUCUAAUUUUUCCUCUACAGCUGAUUGCCUCAGCUUAUGUUGUCUAAAUGAUCAUGUAUCAUCAAGUGAAAUAGUAGUUGUAUUUUACUAUUACAGUACUGCAUAAAUCAUAGGAAAACAUCUGACAACUCACUUAAACAGACACACCAAAUUGUCAUAAAACUCUUCUUUCAUACAAAUGUUCGAAGGGUUAAUGACAGAUUUCAUUUAAAAAAUUACAAUAAAAUAUGUCUGAGUAAUCCUUUUAUAGAAAAUUGAUUUUAUCUCAACAGUAUCUCAGUUUCAUUUGGAAAGUGAUGCAAGCGAAGAAUAUCGAAGACGCUUGCAUUUAUAUAUUAGUCAGUACAUCUCACUCACAUUGCCUUUACACUGUCAGGUAGUAUAAAAGCCUGAUCUCUCACAUUUUUUGUUGUUAAGGUAUUGGUAGGAAAUAUCUCCUGCAAUUUUUAUUCUCUACCACAGAUCUUGUUUGCUAUGCCCAAACCACCUCUGCUUGUCUUUUUUUCUUACCUCCAACUAAACAUUGAAUUUGUAGUAUAUCUCUGUUUCUUUUAACGUGUCUAGACAAACAUAUUUCUUUAUAUUAUUUCAUCAUACCAGCCUUUUCUUUCAUGCCAGUCAACGUCAUUUCACACUCCUCUGUUUUACUGUCUUUUUCACAAGCCUAUACCAGUACUGUAUGUUGCACUAUAUGUUGUGCUGUGAUGUAAUUCUUAGAUAUGUAUUACCUUUUUGUAAUAUUUUCAUGCUUUACAGGAAUCUUCCAAUAUUCUGCUACAAUCAUUGAAAUAUUUGUUAUCUUGUAGUAAAGUGCUAACAAAUUAUUUGAGAUUUCCCCAGUUUGUUGAGGUGGUGUACCUAAUAUAAAACCUGCUCCUUCAGCUCUCCUUUUCACAGUCAGUACAUAUCUUUGUACUUUUCCUGGUCAGUACAUAUCUUUGUCUAUGCACUAGUUUAAUGAAUAGAAUUGUGAGGAAGGAAAGAUCAGUAUUGAACUGAGUGAUUGAUUGUCCCAUACUCUUUUUUCGUAAGUGUGUAAUAUGGUAGGUGUAUGGUAAUGACAUCAGAAUACUGGGUACUGUACUGCAAACAAUAAUUAGAACACCAGUAUCUUUUACAAAUACAAUUACUGUCAACAAUACUUAUAUAAUUGGCCAACACUCAAUUAACAGUGGAGUACAGUGUGCCUUUAUCAUCACUUUUAUAUUUUUGCAGGUCUUCCUAUUCGAAGGAGUAUAAGUGCUACUUAACUAAUAUUGUGCAUUAUGUGAAAAAAGAAAGAGAUGUAAUUUUGUUAAAAGUAUUGUAGUUUUUAAUUGAUGAACUUUGUAAACUGUAAAAUUUUCUACUACAGUUUUCAAUUAUGAUCUUUCAUGAAAUGUUCAAAUACAUAUAUUGCCUGUAAAGGUACUAUGAUGUCUUUACAAAUUUUUCUACAUUGUUGUAACAGUGCCAGCAAUUGAAUUAAUUUCAAAUGUCAAUCAUAAUUUAUGUACUUCUCCAGUAUUUCAUGCAUCACGCAAACUGGAUCUAAUUGCUGUAAUCUUACAUAAAAGCUGUAAUUUCUUGUAAGUUUCAUGUAUGUGUUGUAUCUGCUCAUAAAGCAUUUAUUUAUCUUUGUUACACAAGUUUUGUCUAAAAAUAAAUUGUACCUGAACCUUAACAAAUAAAAUGGAAGAUGAUUUCCUUCA